GCUAAAGUUAUCGCUAUCGUUAUCGCACAGUCAAGCUCAGUAGUUUAGACUUGAAUGCUGUGGGUUGUCCAGUCCUAAGAUUGUGCUCACAACAGGUGGUGCAAAAGCCAGCAAGAUCAUAGGUCUCUCAUAAAAAGCCUUGCUCUUUGGAGAUCCGAUCUUGGACCAGCGGACGUACACUCCGUGAAUGAUAUAUCUUUUAAGGUUGGGUUGAACGUAGCUAUCAGAACUUCCUGGCAGCUGACCACGACCACUUGGGAGACCAGGCCUGUGCUGUGCAACUGUGCAUGCAGUGGCUCAGAAUCUGUAUAGCGUCUGGAUACAGGUGCUAGAAGAAAAGUGCGAAAUCCACGGAAGUUGGGGUGGUCCGUUUGGUGGUUGUGUUGAGGGAGAAGGUGUAUGAGAAAGGAAUCUUGAAGUCUUGACCAGAGAGGCUGAAGUGGUCUGACCUCAAGGCAACAAGGCAACCUUCCUACACUAAACUAGGCUAAGCGAACGGUACUAGCAAGCUCGGACUGUCAACCUAGUGGCCAUUGUGUGGGUGAAGUUCUCCUUCAUACAACAGGUAUUCAAACAUCUACCUGAAAAUCCAGUCACCUACACCUAGUUCCACACAGGUACCAAGAAAUACUAAAGAGCUUCCAGUCGUGAAAGCCUGCAAAGAAAGGAACAAAAUGUUCAUCCUUGUGAGUCAAGUGCGCGUCUUUUUGUGGAAUUUCAAUCCUGACAUAAUACUAGACCAAGAUCGCGGACCUGGUUCAAAUUGAGCCCCAGGAUUUUGACAAGCAUGCGUCACUGGCCAUAGAAAACAACAUCAAUGCAAAAUAUGCAAAUAGAGUCAUCCAGAAGAUCGGACUCUGCAUAUGUAUAUAUGACCUUUUGUCUUCCUCAGAGGGAUUGAUUGGUCAUGGCACUGGACUUGUCAAUGUCAAUGGUAUGUUACGCCCCCUUGGUUGUAUCUUCUCUCAGGCAUCUCUUCAGGAUUGCUCCCCCAACCAAAUAUCCCCUCCUCUAAAUUGCUAGGCUCUCUUCUAGAAAGGCUUUGACCUUCAUACUCCAGUUCAAUUCCUCAUAUAAAUACCUAUGCUAACACUUUUGGCAGUCGAGUUCCGUAUGGUAGUCUUCCGACCUUUCAAACAUGAAGUAAUGUUAGGAAAAAUCAGUAGUGCAACCAAAGACGGAAUCAACAGUACGUCUUCUCUGAGCGGACUCAUAUCCGACCAGUUCAAUUCUCCUCGAUACUUCAAGGGCACGCUAACAGAUACCAGUACAAACAGAUUUCUUCAAAGAUAUCUUCGUUCCAGUAGAAAACCUCCCAGAAGGAGCAAUGUUGUAAGCAGCCCAUACGUCCCCUUCUAUGGUCCACCACUAAAACCUCUCCAGCAACACAGCAGAACAAUGUUUCAUCUGGAAUACAGGAGAGGACACACUCUACUACGAUAACCACGAAAUUGUCCGCUUCCGCGUUGUAAAUGAGGUCUGGACGGAUCAAGCGCCCACGAAAGCUACUGGUGACGGUGAAGAGAUUGUCAAGAAGAGUCCUUAUGGUAUUAUUGCUUCGAUGGAGGAUUCUGGUAUGGGACCUUGUCUUUGGUGGGAUGAUGAGAGUGGGGAGGAUGCGCAGAUGUCUGGGUAGAUGAGCAUCGUGAUGGGUGGGUAUUGCUGCUGGAGUUUGGGAAUAGUCAAAAGUUUACGGGUGGUUGUGGAUAUGGAUGAGGAUCUUGUACUUUGGUUGCUAGAUCUGGGGCAAAAUGAGUUAUAGAAAUGCCAAUAGAUGAGAGGACUUAUACUUCCUAGGUCGUACUUUUUGACUCGCAGGUAUCUAGGAGUCUAAGUCCGCAAUUCUUAAACGGCAAAUCGAGCCUGAGAACCAAGUUUCAUUGCCUCCAUGUACUUAAGGUACGAAUCUUCAUUCGAAAUCUCUCUUA